AAAGGAUACAUACAAUCUUCCAAGUUCCAGCCCCUCUCAAAUUCAACAACUUUUGAAUUUAAAAGUGGGCAAAAUGCCAAUUUCCAGUAUUGCAAUCGGAACUCCGGCCGAUGCUAGUUCGCCGGAUGCCCUGAAAGCCGCCCUUGCUGAGUUUAUUUCAAUGCUCAUUUUUGUUUUCGCUGGCGAAGGUGCUGGCAUGGCAUUUGGCAAGCUAACGGAUGGUGGAGCAGCGACACCGGCUGGUCUUAUUUCAGCAUCAAUAGCACAUGCUUUUGCGCUGUUUGUGGCUGUGUCAGUUGGUGCUAACAUCUCUGGGGGUCACGUGAACCCUGCUGUAACGUUUGGGGCGUUUGUUGGUGGCCACAUUUCGUUGUUGAGGAGUGUUUUAUAUUGGAUUGCGCAAUGCCUUGGCUCUGUGGUUGCUUGUUUGCUUCUAAAGAUUGCAACCGGUGGUUUGGAAACGUCAGCUUUUGCUCUUUCCGCGGGUGUAGGUGAAUGGAACGCAGUGGCGUUUGAGAUAGUGAUGACUUUUGGACUGGUCUACACCGUGUAUGCAACAGCAGUUGAUCCUAAGAAGGGAGAUUUGGGGAUCAUUGCACCACUAGCCAUUGGAUUCAUAGUGGGUGCAAACAUCUUAGCUGGUGGUGCAUUUGAUGGUGCAUCCAUGAACCCUGCGGUGUCCUUUGGUCCAGCUGUGGUCAGCUGGACGUGGAACAGCCAUUGGGUCUAUUGGCUAGGCCCAUUUGCGGGUGCGGCUAUAGCUGCACUUGUCUAUGAGGUGAUCUUUAUUGGCUCAAGUACUCGAGCCUCUCCCAAUCACAGAUUACUAAGAAUCAAGAUUUCGCUCUCACACAGAUGGAGGAAGUUGGUGGGGAAGGAACGAGUUCUUAGGUUUUUUAAUUGUGUUCUUCUUUGUGGGGUGUAAUGGAAGUUGGUUUGUUUUAGUUUUUGAGCCUGGUGAGAAGUCUUUUGGCUAUGUACUCAUGUAUAGUUUUCAUUGUCUUGAAUCAAGUUGUGAAUUUUAUUCAUUUUGGGUCA